UUUCUCGACAUUAUUUAAAUAUUUAUAGAAUAACUGAAUGUCUCUAAAUUCCAAACAAUGAUUAAUUCUGGAAUAGAGAUUUUACAAAAGACUCUGCAAUUGCUCUGCCUCGUGACUAUUGGAAAUAUUUUUAUCUUUUGUGCAAGAAAGAAAAGCUCCAGUACGACGCCGGGUUCUCAAGAAGUAGCGAAAACGCCAAAAUUGGAUAUCAACAAAACUUCUGGUGCAAAAGAAAGUGAACAAGAGAUCAAUCCAGUUGCACUGAUUCAGGUUAAAAAUGCUAAAAAAAAGACUGCUGACAGACAAGGAAAGUCAAUUGAAAAGCAUUUAAAGAGCAAAGAUGGUCCUACAACCAAAAUAACUUCAUCCGGGACCCCAUGCUCGUCUUCAAGUCCUGCGGGAAACUCUGAAACUCCACUAUGUUCCAAAGAGUCGACAAUUGGAUCAUCUAACUAUUUGAAAUUGGACGGAUAAUUGGAUCUGAAGCGAACCUAAUUUUCUGAAAGUUGCUUUAAAUAAACCUUGAUGUAUU